AUGGCGUCGCGAAUCCCUCAAUUCAGUGAGAAGCAUCUCAUCGACACGACCCCUCUCCCCGACUCGAUCCCCAAGGUCAAGGAGCUCGGCGCCAGCUCUGCCCCCCUUCAGUCAGCCUCCUUCUUCAUCGGCGCCCGGUGCAAGGACUACAACGAUGAUUUCAUGAAAUGCAAGACCGAGAACCCCGGCAAGGGCGAGUUCGAGUGCCUGAAGGAGGGCCGGAGGGUCACCAGAUGCGCGAGGAGCGUUAUCGAAGAUAUCAACAAGUCCUGCCUUGAAGAAUUCCGCACCCAUUACGAGUGCCUGGACAACAACAACCAGCAGCUGUGGCAGUGCCGGCCAGCUGAGUGGCGCCUGAACAAAUGCGUAUUCCACAACCUGAAACUCGAGAAGACCAUCCCAGAUGCCGCUGGCAAGAUCCCCGUCCACCAGCGGUCACAACAGAUCUACGCGCACGCGCCGAUCCCAUAUCAGCCACAUGCCAAGUACGAUGACGCGAAGUCAUCAUAG